AUGCUCACAUCUCAGUGUAACUUCAUCAUGGAGCAGGCUGGCGCUGACAUCUCGCCUCCAGCUCUUCCCUCCUGGAAGCCCAGCACCAUGCAGGAUCCACCCCGGAGGCUCUCUGCUGUGCCAUUCCUCAGCUCCUUUUUCGAGGGUCGUCGCCACUCUGCCUCCGACCCUAUCCUGCGGCUGCAGCAGGGGCGGCGCAGCUCUGCUGCCAAGGUGCUGUCCUCGUCCUCUCUCCAGGUGAUGGUGGCCAUGUCCUCUGUCAGCUGUGCUGAGAGAAACCCAACUUGCCCUGAGAGAAAAAGAAAUUCAGGACGUCCAACGCCAAAAUAUACAAAAGUUGGAGAGCGUUUGCGGCAUGUCAUUCCUGGACAUGUGGCCUGUUCUGUGGCAUGUGGUGGCAAAGCUUGCAAGUAUGAAAAUGCAGCUCGCUGGAGUGAACAGGAACAAGCUGUUAAAGGGGUCUACUCGUCCUGGGUCACUGAUAAUAUCCUGGCCAUGGCACGCCCAUCCACUGAGGUCCUGGAGAAGUUCUGUAUCAUUGAGCAGUUCCGAAGCCAUGGGAUAAAAAGUAUCAUUAACCUGCAGCGUCCUGGUGAGCAUGCCAGCUGUGGGAACCCUCUGGAACAAGAAAGUGGCUUCACAUAUCUUCCUGAAGCUUUCAUGGAGGCUGGCAUUUAUUUCUACAACUUCGGAUGGAAGGAUUAUGGUGUAGCGUCCCUUACCACCAUCUUAGAUAUGGUGAAGGUGAUGACAUUUGCCUUACAAGAAGGAAAAGUAGCUAUCCAUUGUCAUGCAGGGCUUGGUCGAACAGGUGUUUUAAUAGCAUGUUACUUAGUUUUUGCAACAAGAAUGACUGCUGACCAAGCAAUUAUAUUUGUUCGGGCAAAGCGACCUAAUUCCAUACAAACUCGAGGACAGUUACUCUGUGUAAGGGAAUUUACUCAGUUUCUGAUUCCUCUUCGCAAUAUAUUCUCUUGCUGUGACCCCAAGGCACAUGCUGUCACCCUAGCACAGUAUCUCAUUCGUCAGCGGCAUCUGCUUCACGGAUAUGAGGCACGACUUCUGAAACACAUACCCAAAAUUAUCCACCUUGUUUGCAAAUUGCUGCUGGACUUAGCUGAGAACAGGCCAGUGGUGACAGAAGAAGUGGCCGACAUACCUGGCCUCUCAGCUGAAAUUGAAAAGACUGUUUCUGAGAUGAUCACAAGGCAGCUGGAUAAGGAGUUACUGAGACAUGACAGUGAUGCAUCAGACACUUUCACCCCCAAUGCAGUGGUGAUGGAUUUUGAGAAUCAGGAUGUGGUUCUUUCCAGUGAGCAAGAGUUGGACCCUCUUUGGAAGAGGCGGAAUGUCGAGUGUCUUCAGCCCCUGGCUCAUCUGAAAAGGCAGCUCAGCUACAGUGACUCAGAUUUAAAAAGGCCCGAGUCGCUUCUGGAGCAAGGGAGGACUCCAUGGACAGUGCCUGCCCAAGCCUUGCUUUGCCAUAAUCCCAGGCAGCAGAAGCACAUAAGCCGUUGUUACUACCCACAGUCUCCACAACUAGAUUUAAAUAAGGAAACGCUGGUCCGCAAUACAUUUUCUUUCUGGAAUCACAGUAAAUUUGGAGUCCCAGAGGGACUCAAAGAUGAUGGGUCAUCAAUUUUCCAUAGGACGAGCAUUCCAAAGGAAGUACAGAGAAGUAGAACCUUCUCUUCAGGAAUUUCAGGUUCAUACAACCCUGGGGAACCAGUCGCACCAAACUUUGCAAAUAUUCCUAAGGGACCAAACUGUUCUCAACAGAAAGUGUACCACUGUGAGUGUGAAAGUCACGGUGGUCGUGGCCCAAGCUCUGUUGCAGAGGAUGGUGAGACUUGCCGCCGCCCUGUGGACUGUGGGUCCAGUCCCAAAGCACAGUUCUUGGGGAAUGAAACCCAGAACAGCAAAUACCUGUCUGAAGUUGCUGCACAUAUGGCUUUACAGUCUGAGUUGAGUAUUGAAGCAAGGAGAAUACUGGCAGCCAAAGCCCUGGCAAAUUUAAAUGAGAUUGCAGAAAAGGAGGAAGUGAAAAAGAAGGUAGAAAUGUGGCAGAGAGAACUAAAUUCCCGAGAUGGAGCUUGGGAAAGAAUAUGUGGCGAGAAGGAUCCUUUCAUCCUGUGCAGUUUGAUGUGGUCUUGGGUGGAGCAGCUCAAGGAGCCUGUGAUAACCAAAGAGGACAUGGACAUGUUGGUUGACAGAUGUGCAGAUGCCUCGGAAGCACUGUUCUUAUUAGAAAAGGGCCAGCAACAAACUAUUCUUUGCGUGUUGCAUUGCAUAGUGAGCCUGCAGACGAUUCCUGCAGAUGUGGAGGAAGCUGUUCUUGCCCGUGCCAUUAAAGCUUUCACUAAGGUUAAUUUUGAUUCUGAAAAUGGACCAAUAGUCUACAACACCCUGAAGAAAAUAUUUAAGCACACACUGGAAGAAAAAAGAAAAAUGACAGAAGAUAGCCCUGGGCCUGGCAUUUAG